UGGUUAAUACAAUAAAUGUACAGUUAAAUAACGAUUGUGAAGUUGGUGAGUGCGUGCAUUUGUCUGUCACGGCCGGGACGCGAACCCAGAACUCUGGUUUCAGAGUGCAACUUCCUACCAACUGAGCUAAUAAAAUUGACAAUCAACUUCCUAUAGAGUGGUAUUUAACGAGAAUAGGGUCAGACUGUGAUUGGCCCACGAAUCGGAAGUCGAAGUUAGAAUUACUCACUCCAGCAGUUCUUUUCGCAGUUUUCCUUUAAGAAAGAGACGCUAUGUCCAGCGUCCUCGACAGUUGAAUGCCCUGACAUUAGGAAAUGUCAGUAGCUACUAACACACAUACACAUUUUUGUUUCUUUUUCUACUUUUGUGUCAAUUUUUUUAGCUGACGGCGACUACGAGGAAUCCUUCUGACGCCUUACGGACAGCGAGCGACCCGCACGGGAAGUGGGAAUUACACGGCUUAAAGUUGGGGAAAGAAACGUAUUAUCGAAAAGGAAAAGCGAUGAUUCCGUUCCACGGUUUCGCCUUGUUCUUUUUGGGUCACUACUUUCUACAGGCUGAGUGUCAGACUGGUCAAAAGUUGUCCUUUAUGUGGACGAGUGAGUUGGAAGGCAUUCUGACCUUGGCACCAACGAAGCCUUUGAUGGCAAAUUGCAGCUAUCGCUUUUUUUCAGUAACCAAUGAGAAUUCCAGCGGACAAUAUUCCACAUCCACAUCCCCUUAUCUUACUUUCGACGAGGCGAUGGAAGGAGGAUAUGUGCAUUUUUCUGUUGAAACUGUCUGUAACGGCCGAAGGAGCAAUAAAACCGUCCUCAACAUCACCUACCCAGAAAUGGUAAAGAAUGUGAAGUGCUUUGUCUAUUCCUCUGAAAACACCAGCUGCUCCUGGGACUUGGCUGUUCCCAAGUCAUUUGUCAGAUUUUACUAUCGAUUGAUCAACACAGAUUCAGCCCCAUUACAAGAGUGCCCCUCGUACAUUUACGCCAAAGGCCUCAUGACUGGCUGCGAAUUGCCGGCGAACUUAAUGGAUCACGUCCACAUCUUGUUCAAUGGAACGGCAAACAAGACGUUUUUCAGGAACACCUUCGCCAGGCUGCUUAAGGAUGUGAGACUACCUGCCCUUGAAUGGACAGUCAAGAAGACUGGGAAUAAAUUCAACAUCAGCUGGGUUCCACCCACGAUCAAAAUUGGUUUUGUACGUUACUUAAUCAAUUACACGGAGUGCAAUAAACCACUGUAUAAAGAGAUAAAAGAGGUAGAAACAACCAGUUACAAUCAGCUGGAAGUAGUGCCUCACUGUCAGUACCACAUGACUAUUAAAUCUGAACACCUUAGGUUCAAGACUCCACCAAGUGAAGAGAAGUAUUUUGAUGCAGAGACUAGUCCUAAUGCGUUGAUCUAUGCUACUGCUGUCAUCCCACUGAUGUUUGCUGUCCUGGCAGUUUUGAUGUUGGUGUUUUGUAGGAGGAACAAGGACCGUAUUUUCCCCAAAGUCCCGCAACCUCGGGAUCUCCUCAGUGAUAUUGCUGACAACAAUAACAAGAGCAAUUUGCACUUAUCAGCGGAGGAUAUCGAGAACUGUAAAGUCAUGCUGGUGAUGGAUUCUGAAGUCAACAAACCAGUCCUCCACUGAUCCAACACGCUCCAGAGCGCAAAAUUCUUACUCAACAGAGGCAAAAAAAGACACAUUUAUGUUACGGCUCCUUUGCUUGUUGAGGAACCAGGUGCGUGAACUCAAACCUCCACUGGACAAAAUAAAACUGGUAGCUGUUACACAGGAUGAUGUUGAUAGAAGCGAUGAAGUGGCAGCCAGCCAACUACUAUACAUUUGUUUAUGUGCAAAAAAUGGCAUGUUGUUUACUUAUCUUAUCAGUCACCUUGUCGAGUUUGGCCAGGUUAUGCAGCUUCCUCCUCAUCUGCUGCUCCCCCAUGUUGCUGAGAGCUUAGCCCAGCCCCCUGCCUAGCACAGAAAUUGAAUUCUGCUGAGGUAAGAGUCACUGAAAGGGUGUCUCACAAGCUCUGUUUCCGUUUUUCUUUUUUUUUUGAUAAAGCUUUUGCUCCGUCUGAAUGUUUUUAUCAUGAGUCUGAUCCUGUAUCCUUAGAUUAUCAGGUGCGCAGUGUUGCCAACUUAAAGGGCUAAUAACUGCUGACUUAAUGUAGUGUGCAAACUUUUAUACAUGUCAUAAUUGCUGUUUAAUUGUUAAUGAAGGCUGAAUGACAUCCUCAGUAAGGAGAUUUUGAUUUUCAACUUUUCACAACAUCCGCUUCAAAUUAUGUCUGACUUGCACUGAGCAGUGCUGUGUGACUCCUUAAGGAAAGGAGAGUGCUUUCACUAAGUAUUAUUAGACACUUAAAUCCACGUGCAGCAAAGUUAUCACUUGACAUCUACUAAUACAUUUCACACUUCUGGGGGACCAGAUCACAUUCUGAACCAUUAAUGAUGCAAUUUUAAACUUAUUCUGUGGGUUCAAAUGCACAGAUCGACCAGUUACAGGUUUUAAAGCUGCAGUGUGUAACUACUUAUUAUGAAGUAUGCAUCAUUCCAUA